AUGACCCCAUGGCCUCCGUCGCCUCACACACCAGAAAAGCCACCUGCUUCCAGCCUUAUACAGCGACAGCCCGACAGCGAUCUCUUCCCGACAGCGACCUCCUCCCGACAGCGACCUCCUCCCGACAGCGACUUCCUCCCGACAGCGACCUCCUCCCGACAGCGACCUCCUCCCGACAGCGACCUCCUCCCGACAGCGACCUCCUCCCGACAGCGACCUCCUCCCGACAGUAACCUCCUCUCGACAGCGACCUCCUCCCGACAGCGACCUCCUCCCGACAACAGCAGCGACAGCCCGACAGAGACCUCCCGACAGCGACCUCCUCCCGACAGCGACUUCCUCCCGACGACAGCAGCGUCAGCCCGACAGAGACCUCCUCCCGACAGCGACCUCCUCCCGACAGCGACCUCCUCCCGACAGCGACCUCCUCCCGACGGCGACCUCCUCCCGACAGCGACCUCCUCCCGACAGCGACCUCCUCCCGACAGCGACCUCCUCCCGACAGCGACCUCCUCCCGACAGCGACCUCCUCCCGUCAGCGACCUCCUCCCGACAACGACCUCCUCCCGACAACGACCUCCUCCCGACAGCGACCUCCUCCCGACAGCGACCUCCUCCCGACAGCGACCUCCUCCCGACAGGGACCUCCUCCCGACAACGACCUCCUCCCGACAGCGACCUCCUCCCGACGGCGCUGACUGUGACGACCCGAAGAAUCCUCGCCCGCUGACCCGGUUCCUUACGUCGCCUCGUCCUCUUCGCCAGCUUUUUUUCAAAAUGAUUCACACUAACAAAGAACUAUCUAACUGGGCCCUAGAUCCGCACCCAGAUCCAGGUUCACCACCAAAAUCUAAUCAAAUUGUGCCAAAGUUAAUCCAGUCAUACCACGAGGAAAUGACAGCAUAUGACAACACCAUGUUUUCAGUCGAGUUCGUAUCAAUAGUCUCAUCGCCACAACUGAGGCUAGCCGCAUCAGAGCAACAACUCACGCAGACAGCUCAGCAUAAGGAAGCCAAGCCGAGCGGAAGCCUUUUAGCUUUUGAGCGCAGACUUGGCCAACAGCGACAGGAUAAGGGGAAGGAGGUGCGCCUCGGGAAGGGCACGUACGGGCGCGUGGUGCGCGUGAGCUACAAGGGCAAGGAGUGCGCCCUCAAGCUGGCCGCCCCCGGCUCCAAGGUGGUGUUCGAGCACGAGAUGGAGAUGCUGAGGCGGCUGCAGGGCGCGGGGGGAGCGCCCAUGGCCUUGGCGUACAGUGAGGAUCCGUCGUGCCUCCUGAUGACGUACCUGGGCAAGGAGUGCCUGGCCGACGUGCUGAGUGCGCAGCGCAGCCACAAGCAGCUCCUGCAGCUGAGCGUGAAGCUGGCGGAGGCCGUGGCGGCCGUGCACGCCGCCGGCAUCGUGCACUGCGACCUGAAGCCCACCAACGUGAUGGUGCAGCUGCGCGGCGCAGCAGGAGCGCCGUCGGUGCACAUCAUCGACUUCGGGAUGGCACUUCCCGUGGGCCAGUGCCAUCCCGAGAGCAGCAAAGGGCGGCAGUCGUGGUACUGCGCGUGCGUGCACCAAGGCACGCCGCUGACGGAGUAG